AUGCCGCGAGGCCAGCAGCGUGUAUCGCUCUUUCAGACGUUUGCUGUCUCGGGGCAUCGGCGCUUCUCCCCGCGUUUUCUUCCCCAGACGAGCUGCUCGAUGAUGUCGUCGGCCACCCUUUGGCCUUUUGGCGUACGGAUAAAAGUGAAUGUCCGAGUUGGUGGGCAUCGAGCCAAGCCUCACGAGCGUUUGACAGGCGCGGCGCCUCGCCAAUCAGGGCCUCGCCCACCGCAGUGGGUUGCAUUGAAUUCGGGCCUGUCGAGAAAUGGGUGGGC